UGGCCAGUACAGACACUGUCACCAAAGCAUGACAGAAAAUCAGACAUGGGUCACAGAAUUCAUUCUCCUGGGAUUUCCACUCAGCCCAAAGAUGCAGAUGCUUCUCUGUGUGCUCUUCUCCCUGUUCUACGUCCUCACCCUGCUGGGAAACGGGGUCAUCCUGGGGCUCAUCUGGCUGGACUCCAAGCUCCACACCCCCAUGUACUUCUUCCUCUCACAUCUGGCCAUUGUUGAUAUUUCAUAUGCUUCCAACAAUGUCCCCAAGAUGCUGGCAAACCUUCUGAAUAAGAAAAAAGCCAUCUCCUUUGCCCCGUGCAUAAUGCAGACCUUUUUAUACAUGGCUUUUGCUCACACUGAGUGUCUCAUCUUGGUAAUGAUGUCCUAUGACCGUUAUGUGGCCAUCUGCCACCCUCUGCAAUAUUCUGUCAUCAUGAGCUGGAGAGUCUGCACUGUCCUUGCUGUCACUUCCUGGGCAUGUGGCUCCCUCCUGGCCCUGGUCCACGUGGUUCUCAUCCUGAGGCUGCCCUUCUGUGGGCCUCAUGAAAUCAGCCACUUCUUCUGCGAAAUCCUGUCUGUCCUCAAGCUGGCCUGUGCUGACACCCGGCUCAACCAAGUGGUCAUCUUUGCUGCUUCCGUGUUCAUCCUGGUGGGGCCCCUCUGCCUGGUGCUGGUCUCCUACUCACGCAUCCUGCUGGCCAUCCUGAGGAUCCAGUCAGGGGAGGGCCGCAGAAAGGCCUUCUCCACCUGCUCCUCCCACCUCUGCGUGGUCGGGCUCUUCUUUGGCAGUGCCAUUGUCCUGUAUAUGGCCCCCAAGUUCCACCAUCCUGAGGAGCAGCAGAAGAUCCUUUCCCUGUUUUACAGCCUUUUCAACCCCAUGCUGAACUCCCUGAUCUACAGCCUGAGGAAUGCAGAGGUCAAGGGUGCCCUAAAGAGAGUGUUGUGGAAACACAGAUCAAGGUGAGGGGUGCCAGGGAGAGUCUUGAGGGUGGAAGGU